UCUCCUCAACUGUCAAUGCAGCGUCAAACUUGAACAACAGAAAAUGCUCGCGCAACUGCAAAAUUGAAAUAAAAAACUAGGGUUUUGUUGUGCAAAAUGCACAAAGCCCAUGAUUUCAGUCACUCCAUCUACCCCUAAAUUUGGGGCUCUUAAUCACCGGCCUAUUGUUGGUCUGAUGCUCGGCUCAAAUUGCAUUCACCGUCUGCCUCAUCGCCCUAUCCUUCCAACUUCAACCCCUGGAUUUAGGGCUUCGAAAUUCACCUCAGCAUCACCUUUUCCUUCUGCUUUAAGUUUUCGCGUCAUCGAUGCUCAUCACAGGUUCUCAAGCAAGAAGUGGAAAAUCUCUUGCUUUCGGCAUGAAGAACUUCCAUCUGGCAGUCCGAAAUCGAGGUCGGCCGAGGAAAUUCUGCAUGAGUUAGAUAAGGUAGAAAUCAAACCGAAUGUUGAAAGAAGAAACUGGGCUACGAGUCUUAGAGAGGUUCUAGAUACAUUUUUUGGAGAAAUUGGGAAGCCAUGGACUGUACCAUGGACUGCGGAGACCAUACUACAGGUUACCCUUCUAUGGAUUAUAUCAUUCUGGUUUGUCGGCUCAUGGAUGAUCCCAUUUGGAGCCCAUACUCUUGGCAUCAGCAAGGACUCACUAACUUUUAGAGGGCAGGCUCUGUUCAGCCUUCUCACAGAUGUAACUGAAGGCCUUGCAGGAAUUUUGAUUCUUCAUUGCUGUUUGUCUCGAUUCCGUCCCCUUCCAUCAGAAUGGUUUAGAUUUAGUCUAAGAGGGAAGUGGAUCUUUGAUGUUUUUCUCGGGUGCUUGAUGUUUCCACUGGUCAACCGCCUCUCACAGUUCAACCUCAACCUCUUACCUGUUCUACAAUCAACUCCUUUCACUCUCUCCAGCGUAGAGCAGUCGAUAAUGGCACGUGAUCCAAUUGCAAUGGCACUUUAUGCUUUAGUACUUGUAGUAUGUGCUCCUUUGUGGGAGGAAAUAGUCUUCCGAGGUUUCCUUCUGCCGUCUUUGACUAAAUACAUGCCCGUCUGGUGCUCGGUCUUAGUCAGUUCAGUUGCCUUUGCUUUGGCGCAUUUUAAUGUACAGAGGAUGUUACCACUGAUUCUUCUUGGGGUUGUGAUGGGGGUAUCGUGUGCAAGGUCAAGGAACCUAUUGCCAUCGAUGCUCCUGCACAGCCUGUGGAACGGCUUCGUAUUCUUGGAUUUAAUGAGAUGAAAUUCUUUUUUCUUGUUAAGAGCAUUAGUAGUAAACUGGAAACACAGAGAUUUACAGAGACUGCAAUAUAUUGGUUGUAAUAUUGAAUUAGAUUGUGCAAAUUGUAAAUCAGUUGAAGCUGUAGACAGUGUCUUAUCCAAACGUAAGGCAGUGACUGCAUUUUGUAUAAAUUUAGCCUACGGACAGAAUGUCUUUAGUAAUGGGAAUAGCAUUGUGUGUUGGUCA